GCAAAAAUGAUAUAACAUAUAACAAAGCAAUUGCAAUAAGAUGCUAACCUCACUAAUUUUCCUACUUAACAAUUAAUUGUUACUUAAUGCGCAACUUACGCAUAGAUCUUAAUGAAACCAUUUUAUUUCUUACACUUACUAUCUUUUUGAAAGCACGUGAAUCGGUUUUUGCCGUACUAGUUUUUGACCGUCUUGACCCAUUUUUUUUCACUAAACAAAAGAGUGACCUCCCAUUACAAAUCAAAACAUGUUUUAACACUUCGUAUUGAAUCAAAAGUUAAUAUUCUAAAAGUAGCAGAGAAAACAUUCCGGUUAUGGAGACUAGCAGUCUGUUUAAAACUGUUCGUGGUGUUGGCUUCAUUGUCCUGAUUUUCUUUUCCACUUAUUUUGGAACGAUCUUUUUAUUGACACCAGUUUUGCCACUGUAUUUCGUUGCUCCAAGAUGUGCAAGAACAAUAACAGACAAAAUCAUUUGGUUUUGGAAACUUUAUUGUGCUGCAAUGUACGAGGUGUUAUUUGGAACCAAGGUGAGAAUCUACGGGCGGAUAGCCAGCAAUGAAGAUGCCACGUUAAUGAUCAUGAACCAUCGGACGAGGUUUGAUUGGCUGUACCUGUUCUCGUUCCAAGUGCGUCAUGCUUCCAUCAGACGUUACACGAUAAGUCUGAAGAACAUGUUGAAAAUGCUUCCUGGGAUAGGCUGGGCCAUGCAAAUUGCCGGAUACAUUUUUCUGGACAGAAAAUGGGAGGAAGAUCAGGAGAACAUCACAAAGUGUCUGAAAGUGUUCCAAGAAGUGAAGUGUCGGCCACAGAUCUUGCUAUUCCCUGAGGGUACAGACCUUACAACGCACACAAAAGCUCGUAGCGAUGCCUAUGCAGAGAAGAACAGCCUUCCCAAGUACACCUACCUGCUGCACCCUCGCACCACAGGCUUCACACACUUUGUGCAGGAGAUGAAGAAAGGUGGUAUACUAGACAAAGUAAUGGACAUCACCAUUGCAUAUCCACGUGGAAUACCACAGAAUGAGAUGGACAUCAUUCGGGGCAACUUUGCAAAGGAAAUCCACUUCCUGAUCCAAACGUUUCCAAACUCUGAAAUCCCGUCUGGUAAAGACCAGCUUAACCAGUGGUGCUGCGAACGAUGGCGUAUCAAGGAAACAGUUCUCAACAAUUUUUACGAGAAGAAAUCCUUUUCAAGUGAAGAACCGGAGCUGAUAACAAAUGAGAGUCUAGUACGGGCGCUUUUUAUGUAUGCCUGGGUGACAUGGAGCCUGUUACAGUUGUCUUUUGCGUACUUUCUUUGGGUUUAUCCAGCGCUUUGGGUUUAUGUCGUUCUUUGCACCAUUUUCUAUGUCAGCGUAUCCAAAUUUACAAAAGGCUUUAAUAUACUCAUAGCUGAUGCCAUUAAGAAAUAGGUGUACAUGUAGAAAUAUUUGGGAGUUUGUCAAAUUGUGUUAAGAUUUCCAAUAUCUUUGGUUUUAUAUUUAUAGACUGGAGCCUUUCUGUCAUGCUGCAGGCUAGUCAAAUACUAAUCUACAUAUGGCAUAUUUUUAAGUGUGAACAAAAUGUUGCAAUAUAUAAAAUCACAAAAAAGCCUUUGAACAAUUUCAAACUUAAGAGCAAAGUUAUUGUUUUAAAUUAUUGGUAGCCAUUUUUGUAUCACUUGUUUUCAGGUAUUAUUUUACUAUAUACUGAUAUACUCACUGAGGCAGAAAAACAAAACAAAUAGCAUGUUCUCUUAUAACAACGCCAGUGAAAGAUCAUGUUUAAAAGAUGAAGAACGCUGUAUGUCCAGCUUUCCUUUUGUUUUUUAAUUUUUGUUAAUUUUUUUCCAGCCAACUUAAGUACUUUUUAGAACAAAGCCAGUAUAUUUUACUACUUUACAUAUGAUGUCAUGCUUGUACUUAUACACAUACCUAGUAGUAUGUUUUACAGUUUUUUUUGUUAAGCUUUUGACUUGCUCAUUCUUAUAAUAAGCAAUACAAAUGAGCCACGUUCUGGGUAAACUUGGGCUUAAUUUAUGUACAGUCCGCUAAUCUGAAGUUUCUUUAAACAAAGAAUUCCAUAAAAUCCGUCAAUUUUGUAGCUGCUUGGUCUUUGCAGACUGCACAUGCAUUAAGCAUGGUUUAAUGUGAGGGUGGCUCAAAUACAAUAAUCACAUAAUAAUGGACAUCAAGAGGACAAUCAUUUGAUGAACAAACAUGUAAAACUAGAAACAAUGUGUUGUGCUUUUACAAAUUAUACAUGAAGUAUUAAAAUAAUAAUAUUUCUUUCAGUACAAGUAUAUGUUUAUACUUGCCAAUGAGAAAUAUGCUCUGUACUUUUGUUUACAUAUGAUCAUUUAUAGCCUGGUGUAAAAAAAAUAACCAUUUAGUUUCCACUAUGGACAAAAAAAAACUUUCAUUAAAAAGUUACUAACAUGAAAUUGCAGAACCAAACAUACCAAAAAAUCUGCAGUAAAAUACAUGAUAGUUGUUUAAUUAAGAUAUGUUAAUAUCAUGACAAUAUGAAGAAAGUGAUGCGACAUUAAGUGUACCAGGUUAAGGGUGUAUUCAUGUGUACAUCCGUCCAACAGUAAGAGGUGGGCAUUAAAUUUUGUGUUAGUUAGCCACAUUCCUGGCUUAUAUGUGUUUAUCAUGCACACACUAUUCUUAACCCAUUGCAGAGUUUGUGUUGCGUUUAUUAUUAAACGAUCUUAUUGGCAUGAACAAUUAAUGACUACAAAGAUUGACAAUAUUAGAAUUGAUUUAAAAAGAAUUAAUGUUUGCAAAGGAAACAUACAAUAUGUUGCUUACACAUUUUACAUCUACAUAUAUUUUUAAUCAACAUAAUAGUGUAGCUUCAUUUGCAAAUGUUAUUAAACAUGUGGCAAUCAUUUUACAUGUACUUUGUAGAUUUUGCACAUUGUGAUUUGUAUUUUACCGGUACUUUUGUUUCUGUAUUUUUACAUUUUAAACAAUUUGAUGGUUGAUUGUGAAUUUGUUUAUAUACCUUAACCUUGCCAUAUCAGAUUCUAUUGUAGCUUGAUCAAUCAUAGAUAUUUGUGUCAUCAUAAACACAUUUUUAUUGCUGUUUUGGCCUUUUUGUUGUUGAAGUUACAUAAUGCACAUUACCUGUUUAAGUUCAUAAAUACUGUCCUUGUGCACUGGAAAAUCGGUCAUUGACAAUCUGGGUCAAGAACUAGCAGGGAAAUUUCCAAAUGCUUUUAAGCGACUAAUAAUUUAAUGAGAACAUUUUAUGAAACAUGCUUUUCAAUGUGAUAACAAUUAGCAUUACAUCAGUCUCUCAUAAUGUAACGAUAAAACUGUCAUCUGUCAGAGAGAGAAAGAGGGAGCUGCAUUUGUGCACGUUCACAGUAUUAUUUGUUUUUGGUCUAAAGACCUCUCCAAAUCUAAUUGCCAAGUGUGAGUGUGUGCAAGUUUCAUGAGAAUUCAAACAGAAAACAUGUUGCAGACUAUUGCUCUUGACUUGCAAUAGUGUGCAGAUUGUGACCAAGGUGGUUUUCAAACCUACGAUUAAUGUAUAUUUUUGAGUUUUUAUUUGUGAAAUACUCUUGGAUUUAUUGUUAUUUAUUAUGUAACUUUCACGACUAUGACCCAAUAACACCUGUCUGAUAUUUUUUUGUCAUAAAACACUGGAUACUUGACCAGUAACGUAAAUGAAAUCCAUCCACUUUCUGUAAUAUCAUUAUGUGAGCUCUUGUGACUGCAUCAUGUCUGCUGCGUGUCUUCAAUAUUGGCCCUGUGAUCAACCUUGGUCUAAUUUAUUGACACAUCUUCAUAAAACUUGGUAUUUACAUAAUAUUAUGUACCCAUAAUUCCUUGGUUUCAAACUGGACCACAUGGGGUCAUAUAUUAGGCCACUGUUGAAUGAAAGAAAAGGUUUGUGAACACAGAAGAGGCAACAUUGUUUGAUCUUCAUGAAACUUUUAGUGUUAAUACCUUGACCAAGCUCCAAUCUGAUUCAUUUCGAGUCAAAAUUAAGCAAAGUAGGUCAAAUUAAAGAAAGACAAUUUUUUACUAUAGAGGUCACAUUGUAUUGCUCAUUCUUCAUGCAACUUGGUAAGAACAUUAUUACAAAAAUAUCUUGCUGAGAACAUAUUGAUUGAUAUGAACAGUUCAAUUAAAUUUGGCCUUAUGUAAGCUACCUUCGGUCUUCUUGUUUGUGUUUACAAUUCUACAAGGUUUGUGUCUAUGUGUCUUCGUUUGUUGUUUUUCGUUUCCACUUAUGUGCUGAUAUCAACUAACAAAAACAAUCUACUGAUGCAUGGCACACUUGUGUGUGUAGGGGUAGUCAGGUAUGAUAUUACACAUUGUUAUUGUUGAUAUGUGAUUUGUGUUUACUUAAAGGCAGUAUUUUUUACCAUUUUGUUGUUAUACAUGUUAGGCAUUCUAGUAUUAUACUAUGAGCAAACAUCCUUUUUAUGUUUCAGUAUUGUACACAUUGGAAUGGGAAAACUUUGUUUAAUAUUUAUCCCCACACAUUGAGUGGCAACAGGGUUACAUGUAGAUUCUUAUUUGCUGGAAAGUUUUUGUGGAUGUAUUUCAGAUAUCUAUUGAUUUAAAAUUAGAGUUUUUCUUUCAAAUAAAUUAACUUGUACAAUUGUACAUUUAAUUAUAGUGUUUUGUCAAUAAUGCCAUUCUUAUAUGCCCUGCGAAGUUAAUAUGAUUAAUAAAUAUGACAUCUUAGUUACCGGUACGGCCUUUAGCUUUGUUUCAUAAAUAGUUUUAACAUAUUAUCAACUUCAUGCAUUUACUGGUAUACUCGUUUAUGUACAUACAUAAUAUUUGUUGAUAUAUCAUUUUACAUUUAUUAUAAAAUUGACGUAUUGCAUGCAGAAUAUUUAAGCAACUUACUGCUGUUAUAUUUUUACUACUAAGCAUGAUAUAUUUAAUUAUUUAUAAAUAAGUUUAAACAUGCAUACACAUGUAUAUUAGCAGUAUAUUUAGGUAUAAUUAAAUUACAAAAUCCCAUUCUGUGAGCAUAUCUUCAUAAUUGAACUGAAUAGAACUGAAGUUUAUUGUAAAUAUUAGUCAUCUGCCCAUGAUGCAAUAUUUGACUAACAUAAUUAUAAUUAUAUGCCAAAGAAAUAUGCUGAGAUAUGAAACAAUGUAUUUAAAACAGGGUUGUUUUUACAUGCAUUUUAAAUAUUAUGUUGUGUAAUUUUACAAAAUUAAGAUGUUAGUCCAUCCCAUUAACUCUACAAUAAUGUUUUUUAUAAUUAAUUCUUCUCAAUAGAUUGUAAAACAAUCAUGAAUAGUAUUUAUAUGAAACCAACUUAACAAGCGUUUGCUUCUUUGAUAGUCAUUAAAGGUCAUUAAAAAUACACUAAGAUGCAUAUCCAUGACAUACAAGUCGAUGUAUUCAAAAUAAAAUUGACAGGUAACUUUGUUUAGUGACUGGGCAAAAGUCAGUGUACUUGGCUUCAGCCAUUACGUUUGUGUUUAAAUCCUUUAGAAAUUGUUGUCGUUAGGUUGUAUAAAUUGUUGUAUUUAGUACUACAGUUGUCAUCAGUUUUCUGAAAGAGUUCUAAUUGAUUUUUAUUAAUAUGUAUUCUUGCUUUAAUGUUAGUUGAUAGAAAAUAGUUAUUUGUAAUUUAUUUCAUUGUUUUGUGUGAUAAACUUUUGUUAUUCUC